CGCGUAAAACCAUAGAGAAACCCUAAAAAUGUAAAAUACUCAACUUUACGAGAGAUCUCAUCUCACCACAAAACCAAAAAUCAAAAUCUAUGGCGGAAGACCAAGAAUCACCAAUCCGACCGGAGUUUCCAAUAGGAAGAGUGAAAAAGAUAAUGAAACUCGACCAAGACAUCAACAAAAUCAACUCAGAAGCUCUUCACCUAAUCACCUACUCAACCGAGCUCUUCCUCCACUUCCUCGCCGAGAAAUCAGCUGUCGUAGCGGUGGAGAAGAAGCGUAAGACUGUUAGUCUCGAUCAUUUGAGAACCGCCGUGAAACGACACCAACCUACUUCCGAUUUCUUACUCGAUUCGCUUCCCUUACCGUCUCAGCCUGGACGACAUACCAAAACUGCUUCCGACAAGAAAGCUCCUCCGCCGCCGCCUGUUGGGACUCGCCGUAUUGAUGAUUUUUUUCAGUAAAGGGAAGGCCAAGAUGACGAGAAAUAGAGCAUAAAGAUGCAAGGAGCUUCUUAUAUUCAUCAACUCUCAGGGGAACCUAUCUUUUGCUCGAG